CCCCGCCAUUUAAAUCUUUUAAAAACUCGUGUUUUCCUGCCUGUCGGAAGGUGAAGUUGGAAGUGAAAGGAUCUGAAGUUGUGUGGCGGAGCGAUUGGCUUUGUCUCGUCUAAGAUUUGCUGUUGCUUGUAUUAGUCCUUACCACAGCUGUCUUUUGCCCAAGCAAUAAUUGCAAGUAACCUUUAAUAGGCAUUAUGGGAACAAGUGAGAGCAAGAUGGCUGCGUCUGCAGACGCAAAACCACAACCAGCCAUCAAGAAGACUCAUAUGAGUCAUCUGAUAGAUCCACGCUCUCCCUCUGCUGGGAUUGAUCGAACACCCAUUCAGGUUUGUGGAAAGGAGUCGACCUCUGCUGCAGCUGUGAAAAGUGAGUGUCCCUUGGCUGUAAACGAUCCCCGCUCGCCUACCUUUGGUAUCACCCGCACCCCUGUGAGGGAAAUCAUGAGAGCGACUGUCGGAUCCUUCACCCGCCGCCUGGGCAUGCUCUUCCACAACGAGGCUGAAGGCAAAGUCCCUGAAGGUCCUCAGAAACGCCACAGUGAUCCAGUUGAUGAGGUCCAUGAGGACGAGGAGCUGGCCUCCACAGAGCCGCUCCUCAGUCCACGCAGAGCAACUGACUUUGGCUCUGUAGUCGAACAUGCAAACCUCUUAGCAGCUCCCGAUCAAGCUUCUCAGGUGUUCGUCGGCAACUCGAGCCCCUUUGAGAUUCUCUGGGAUCCUCAGGUGGCAAUGGAGAUCGAAACGGAAGCGAAUAUUAGCCUGGAGGAGGCAGAAGAAGCAAGGGAGACCCCGUUGCACAAGAGGCUGAGCAUGAGCCUGAUAACAUGCCAUGAGGGGGCAACUUCUUCUCAGGUGUUUGCUGAGAUUCACCAUGAAAGUCGUGCUUUAUCAGAACCUAAUGUGGAAAAGGACCAAGUUGUAGAUGGCGUGGAUCAUGCGUACGCCCGUUCCUCUGUUACAGUCCAGCCAAAGCAAGCAGAGAAAACCAAAUCUCCUCUGCCUCCCUCAGAGCAACCAGAAGCCCCCAGUCCAGAGCAGGUACCUGUGUGCACAGGUAUCCGCUGCCCCACCUUUGACAUGAAGAGCCCCAGUCAGCUGGAGUUCAAGCCGCAGUGGUUGGGGAAAGGUUUUGGUGCCACUGGGCUGAGAUCCAGAGGAGUUCAGGGGAACAAAGGAAGCUCCUCUCCUCUUGCUGUCCGUGUGGCAGUAAAGAGCAUCGGCAACGAAAACAAGGGGCAGUCUGGAAAACUGAAGCAAAAAGGUACUGAGGGCCGCUCUCCCCUUCAGAUCCUCAAGGAGACCAACUCUCCCCGAGACCAACGUUCUCAGACGAAGCUGAAGGUGUCCAAUCAGUCCAAGCAGAGACUUGGACAGAUGGACCGCAGGGUGCUGGCAGUGUCUCUGGACAAGGAGAACCACUGAAGGAAGAUACUCAGAAUAUGUCCCUCUAUAAAAUUU